ACGGAGGCGCGGGUCGGCACGCGGGGCGGGCGAGAGCUGGGCGGCCCUUACGACGACGCGCCAGCGGACCGCGGUGCCCCGCCCGCCCCCUGCGGCGGCACCCUGCUCGACGACGAAGGGGCGCGGGCAGCCCUGCGGGAGAGGCUGGCGGCGGCGCGGGACCGCUUCGAUGCGACGUCGCCGGCGGCCCCCGCCGCGGCCGCGGGACCGGCCGCUGUCGAGGAGGCGCCCAGCGAGGGUGAGGUCAAGAAGAGGAGCCUCGCGGAGGUGCUCGCCGAGCGCUCGGCGAAGGUCGCCAAAGGCUCGGGCGCGGAGCCGGCCCGCGCGGCUAGCGAGCAGACGGCAGCGGCUGCGGCCAGCGGAGGCGCGGCGGGCGACGGCGCGACUGGCGACGGCGCUAAUCGCGGUCCUCAAGAGCUCGGCAGCGCAGGGCUCGCGACCAAGCGAGCGCACUGCAGCAAGCUGGCACAGGAGCCGCCUGGAAAGCUGUCGGAGACGACGUUGGCUCAGAUGGCGGACUUCCUCGGAGCAGCGGAGGAAGAGUCGUCAGUGGAUCCGGCGUCGGCGUGGGCGUUGAGGCACCUGCCGCAGAACCAAGUGCGCCGGAUCGGACUGGCGACCUGCCGAGAGAUGAGGACGCUGGUGGAGGCAACCGACGACCUGCCCCAGGGGAAGAUUCCGCAGGCGCUGGACCUGCUGACCCAGCGCCUGAAGGUAGCGCAG